AUGGCGGUGUGCGCUCGGCUGUGCGGCGUGGGCCCGUCGCGCGGGUGCCGGCGGCGUCAGCAGCGCCGAGGCCCGGCCGAGACGGCGGCGGCCGACAGCGAGCCGGACACGGACCCCGAGGAGGAGCGCAUCGAGGCCCCGCCGGCGCCGCGCUGCUCGCUGCUGGAGCUGCCGCCCGAGCUGCUGGUGGAGAUCUUCGCCUCGCUGCCCGGCACCGACCUGCCCAGCCUGGCCCAGGUCUGCACCAAGUUCCGCCGCAUCCUGCACACCGACACCAUCUGGAGACGGCGCUGCCGCGAGGAGUACGGCGUCUGUGAGAACUUGAGGAAGCUGGAGAUCACGGGCGUGUCUUGUCGGGAUGUCUACGCAAAGCUGCUUCACCGAUACAGACACAUUUUGGGACUGUGGCAGCCGGAUAUCGGGCCGUACGGAGGGCUGCUGAAUGUGGUGGUGGACGGCCUGUUUAUCAUUGGCUGGAUGUACCUGCCACCCCACGACCCUCACGUUGAUGACCCCAUGAGAUUCAAGCCUUUGUUUAGGAUCCACCUGAUGGAGAGAAAGUCUGCCACCGUGGAGUGCAUGUACGGCCACAAAGGACCCCACAAUGGCCACAUCCAGAUUGUGAAGAAGGACGAGUUCUCCACCAAGUGCAACCAGACGGACCACCACCGGAUGUCUGGCGGCAGGCAGGAGGAGUUCCGGACGUGGCUGCGGGAGGAGUGGGGCCGCACGCUGGAGGACAUCUUCCACGAGCACAUGCAGGAGCUCAUCCUGAUGAAGUUUAUCUACACCAGCCAGUACGACAACUGCCUGACCUAUCGGCGCAUCUACCUCCCGCCCAGCCGCCCGGACGACCUCAUCCAGCCCGGCCUCUUCAAGGGCACCUACGGCAGCCACGGCCUGGAGGUGGUGAUGCUCAGCUUCCACGGCCGGCUGGCCAGGGGCACCAAGAUCACAGGUGACCCCAAUAUCCCUGCGGGGCAGCAGACGGUGGAGAUAGACCUGAGGCAUCGCAUCCAGCUGCCGGACGUCGAGAACCUGCGCAGCUUCAACGAGCUGUCCCGCCUCGUGCUCGAGGUGCGGGAGCAGGUGCGGCUGGAGCAGCAGGAGGGCCAGCACGAGGACAAGGAGCCGGCCGCGCAUCCCGCCCAGGAAGCGGCUGCAGCCCAGCAGCCCGCCCAGUCGGGGCAGGGGCAGCCAUUUGUGCUGCCUGUGGGUGUGAGCUCAAGGAGCGAGGACUACCCCCGCACGUGCAGGAUGUGCUUCUAUGGCACAGGCCUCAUCGCCGGGCACGGCUUCACCAGCCCCGAGCGCACCCCCGGCCUCUUCAUCCUGUUCGACGAGGACCGCUUUGGGUUCAUCUGGCUGGAGCUCAAGUCCUUCAGCCUGUACAGCCGGGUGCAGGCCGCCUUCCGGAACGCCGACGCGCCGUCCCCGCAGGCCUUCGACGACAUGCUCAGGAACAUCCAAGCCCUCACGUCCUGACCGCGGCUGGCCUGGACCUGCCCUGAGAAGGGUCGCAGCAUGCACUUUGCAAGUCGCACCUUCUGCUUGGGGGCCCAGCCCCCCAGGACGCUUCGUACAGUGUGUAACAUAGUCCUGUGUGUCUGUGAGUUGUGGAGGACAGCUGAGGCGGGGGCUGCGGCAUGGCCAGCUGGGAGCCGCCCCGUGGCCAGCCUGCGCAGGUGGCUGUGGCAGUCGGGGGGAGGGACGGGCUCCCGGGCAGCGGUGUGGGGGCAGUCGGAGGCUGGGCACAGUUCUCCUUUCGCUGCCAGCCCUUUUUCUCCUGUGGGAUAAGAUGGGCUGGCUGUCCGAGCCCCCGGUCCCCACUCUGGCUGUCCCAGGCCAGCUGUCCUGGUCCUUGUCCCUGGUGGGGCACUGUGCCUGUCUGUAGGGGAGCUUCCUCACUGGUCCCCGCGAGGCGUCCCGAACGUUCCCUGGCUGGUCUUGAAAGUGAAAGGAGCUCUGUGCCCAGGAUUGGUCUGCUUGGCACCUUCUCCCCCGGCUUCCAAGAGUGGACCCCUGAGUGGACCGUGCAGACCCUCAGGAGGAGGGGCCCACAUGGCAGCAGCAGGGACACAACUGCGCCCCGCUGUCCCGGCCCCCGACUCGCCCCCCCCCAGGUUCUAGCAGCGUGUCCUGACACAGAAGUUUGGGCCAUGGUUUCCAGCAUGGCCCGGGUUGGCGCAGAAGCACUGUCAUCGCCUGCCCGGCCCCUGUGGUUGUGACUUCCUUGUGCCAAAUGCGGCUGGACCUGGGCGGUGGUGACUGGCCACGGAGCCUCGGGGAGCCGGCGUGGCGUGUGGCUCCCAGGGAGCGGCCGCUGCCCAGGCACGGCCGGGAAGCGCAGGUUUUACCAAGAGGCUCGCUCACUCUUAGGGCCCUCCCCAGCUCCACGGAGGCCUCGCCUUGCCUUGUACAGAGCACGGUGACUGAAGAAAGUACUGAUUAA